GCGCGGUGCCUUUACAGCACAAGAGGAGUUUAAUCCGAUCUCUUGCCUUCAGGGCGCGCAGUAUUUGCACUCCGGAUACCGUCAACGAAGAGCUACAGAGAAUCAGCGACGCCCUUCGUGAGAAUGGUUAUCCCGAUAAGUUUAUCAUGAAGCAUAUGAAAGAACGCAAGCAAAAGCCACCUAGAAGCAUUGCUCCCAAGAAAGAGCUGUUCAUACAUUUACCAUUUAAGGGCGACACUGCAGCUGAUAUCCUGUCUCGACGUUUGAAAGAUGCUGUUGAGAAAACUUAUUUCGCAGCCCGCUUAAGAAUUGUUUACCACAACAAACCAUUGCUUGCAAAACCCUUGAAAGAUAGUCUGCCAUCGUUGACCCGUUCAAUGCUCGUUUAUCAGUACUCGUGCUCUUGUGGUGCACGAUACGUGGGUCGCACAACGAGACGUCUAUCCCAGAGGAUUCGCGAGCACAUCCCGGCGUGGUUUUACAAAGGCGAAAUGAGGGCCUCAGACAGCUCAAUCAUGUCGCACCUCCUCGAAAGUGGCCAUACUGCAUCGGAGAAUGACUUUAAAGUCAUCUAUUCACUACCUGAACGCUUAUCACAAGGCUUCCGAAAGCAAAUCUUGUCUAUCGCCGAGGCUAUUUACAUCCAUCAUCUGAAGCCGGAAUUAUGCGUACACAAACGAUUCAUACGGCCGAUACUACUACCUUGGCCGACUGACAUGGUUACUUAACUACCCUUUGUGACCUUAGCUAUUUACUUUAGGCCCUGAAGCUUGUAUUAAUUUCCUUUGAUGCACUUUUCCUACCAUCUGUAGCCACCUUUAGUCAUCGAUCUUGACCUUUCAAACACCUUAGAAAUCAAUCCCAGCCCGAUUUGACGCUUACCCCACAUAAUCCGUGUCAUGUAAAAGUUUGGGUCUGACGAGAUUUUACCGAAAAGAUAUCUUAACCCUGAACUGUUUUCUGGCCUUGAUUCAUUUGAUUACAAUGGGAAUAUUUGCUGUGUUGAAAAGCAGCAUUGCCCGUGAUUCCUUGAAGAUUUUGAAUGAGUAUCUGAAGUUCAGUACUCGGCUGGAGGAAUCCAGAGUUGAAUUGGAAUUUCUUAAUGAAUGCGUACAGGCAAGCCGCUAUCCAAAACACUUUUGGAGAGAGAUACGGCGCUGUGGCCUCUACCCAAACGCAAAAACUUUGAAGAGGCAUGCACUUAAUUAUGUGGACACUAUCCGCGUUAAAAUGUCGGAGCUGGAGAGAUUCAUUUCGCAAAGGUUUCCAUCGGUGUCAGGCUUGUCUGAGGAUCUGCGACGGCCUUUUGAGGAAUAUGUGGAAUUAGUUAAGCUGAAAAUGGGAGCAAGAAAGCGAAGGAAAUUACUUAGUACGCUUAACAACCAAGUCCCACAAUUGACCUUUCCGAAUAACCCGGAACGGUAUGUGUUCAACCUUUCCAGUGUAGUACUAAGCCCAACACAGCUGGAAGUGUUAUCAUUAGGCCCUAAGUUUUGUAUUCCACGUAAGAAAAUAGAUCAGGCAGCCUUAGAAGUGCAGUUUGAAAGCUUAAUGAUACAAACUAGAGACCUGUUUCCAACAUCUUCUAGUGAUGUUGAGAACCUAAAAUCUAGUCUAGUAAAUAGCUGUCAUGAAUAUGUUAAGGCUAAACCAUCUAGUAAUGGUAUUAUUUCAAGGGAGCAAAUUCAGGCAAUUAAAGAGUUACGGUUAAACAACGAAUUAAUUAUCUCUAGACCAGACAAAGGAUCCGGCAUAGUGUUAUUAGAUAGGGUGGAUUAUAUCUGUAAAAUGCAACAUAUCCUCAGUGACGAACGUAAGUUCCAGAAGCUUAUGGCCGGAAAGGACAACACAGGGGAGUUAGAGAAACAGUUGGCCGGCUGCCUCAAGCGAAUGAUGCAAGCCAAACUGAUCACAAAGAGCGAAUACGAAAAGUUGAAGCCUUCAGGUGGACACCUACCGAGAUUAUAUGGCCUUCCAAAAGUUCACAAGGAAGGCGCCCCAAUGCGUCCAAUCUUGGACAUGGUGGGUUCUCCCCAGCAUUUGUUGGCCCAAUGGAUGGUGAACAAAUUGCAACCGUUACGGGAUAUGGUUUGCACUUACUGCGUGAGAGACUCCUUCGAAUUCAUUGAGAAGAUAUCUGAACUCAACUUUACUAACAAAAGGAUGAUAUCUUUUGAUGCCCAGUCGCUGUUUACAAACAUUCCCCUGCUCGAAACGGUGGAGUACGUGUGCGAGUUAACCCGGCAACUACCAAUAUACGCUAACUUUCCGGAGGAUCUGCUAAAGGAGAUACUAUUUCGCUGCACGUUAAAUGUUCAAUUCAUGUUCAAUGGUGAGAUGUACCGUCAAAUUGAUGGAGUGGCCAUGGGAUCUCCUUUGGGGCCGUUGUUGGCUGAUAUCUUUAUGGCGAAAUUAGAACAUGGUCCACUCAGGAAGCACAUCUGUGGAACUGAAAUGUACAUACGGUACGUCGAUGACACCUUCGUGCUUUGCGAAUCCGAAAAGCAUGCAGAACAGUUGCUGAAGGCCUUUAAUGAUGCACAUAAUAAUCUACGCUUCACCUGUGAGCACGAAAAUAAAAACCGUUUACCUUUCUUGGAUGUAGAAGUCAUCCGCAAUUCGGACGGCUCAUGUAGCAGAAAGGUACACAGAAAGCAUACGUGGACUGGACAGUACACUAAUUUUCACAGCGCGGUGCCUUUACAGCACAAGAGGAGUUUAAUUCGAUCUCUUGCCUUCAGGGCGCGCAGUAUUUGCACUCCGGAUACCGUCAACGAAGAGCUACAGAGAAUCAGCGACGCCCUUCGUGAGAAUGGUUAUCCCGAUAAGUUUAUCAUGAAGCAUAUGAAAGAACGCAAGCAAAAGCCACCUAGAAGCAUUGCUCCCAAGAAAGAGCUGUUCAUACAUUUACCAUUUAAGGGCGACACUGCAGCUGAUAUCCUGUCUCGACGUUUGAAAGAUGCUGUUGAGAAAACUUAUUUCGCAGCCCGCUUAAGAAUUGUUUACCACAACAAACCAUUGCUUGCAAAACCCUUGAAAGAUAGUCUGCCAUCGUUGACCCGUUCAAUGCUCGUUUAUCAGUACUCGUGCUCUUGUGGUGCACGAUACGUGGGUCGCACAACGAGACGUCUAUCCCAGAGGAUUCGCGAGCACAUCCCGGCGUGGUUUUACAAAGGCGAAAUGAGGGCCUCAGACAGCUCAAUCAUGUCACACCUCCUCGAAAGUGGCCAUACUGCAUCGGAGAAUGACUUUAAAGUCAUCUAUUCACUACCUGAACGCUUAUCACAAGGCUUCCGAAAGCAAAUCUUGUCUAUCGCCGAGGCUAUUUACAUCCAUCAUCUGAAGCCGGAAUUAUGCGUACACAAACGAUUCAUACGGCCGAUACUACUACCUUGGCCGACUGACAUGGUUACUUAACUACCCUUUGUGACCUUAGCUAUUUACUUUAGGCCCUGAAGCUUGUAUUAAUUUCCUUUGAUGCACUUUUCCUACCAUCUAUAGCCACCUUUAGUCAUCGAUCUUGACCUUUCAAACACCUUAGAAAUCAAUCCCAGCCCGAUUUGACGCUUACCCCACAUAAUCCGUGUCAUGUAAAAGUUUGGGUCUGACGAGAUUUUACCGAAAAGAUAUCUUAACCCUGAAAUGUUUUCUGGCCUUGAUUCAUUUGAUUACAAUGGGAAUAUUUGCUGUGUUGAAAAGCAGCAUUGCCCGUGAUUCCUUGAA